AUGUAUGCUCUUCAAGGAGAAGAGGAUGUUGAUAACCCAUCAGUAAUUCAAUGUAUGUUAAUCCUUAUGAAUUCUUGGGUUAAAGUAUUGUUUGAUUCUGGAGCUUCGCAUUCUUUUAUAUCCACUGCAUGUGUGACAAGUUUGGGUUUGGAACCCGAAACGUUGGAGAUAGCUAUAAGUGUUGCUUUACCCUUAGGAGGUCAAACCCGAGUAAAUCUAGUAUGUAAAUCUUGUGAGCUAGAAAUUUCCGGUUCAUAUUUGAUCUGUGAUCUAAGAGUUAUGGAUAUGUCUGAUUUUGACGUCAUCCUAGGAAUGGACUGGUUGUCAGUUCAUCGAGCCAUUAUUGAUUGUUACUGUAAGAUAGUGACAGCAUCCCCCUUAAUGGCACGGAAGUUCAAUUUAAAGGAGGUAGACAAGAUUCUCUAA